AUUAUUGUUAGAUAAAUAUCUCAAUUAAAUUGAAGAUUUAAUCACUUGUUAAUUGUUAAUCUAAUCAAUCGUUGAAUUAAUUCAAUUGGUUAGUUUGUUUUACCAUCACUAGAUGAAGCUCAAAGUGCUCUAAUUGUUGGAGCUAAUUUUGAUUGUCUUAACAUUGACAAUCAAUAAAUUCUGUUUGUUUUUAUUUAAGUUAAGUCACAAUUAAAGUUAGUUGGUUGACGAAGAGAAAAUCUUUUACAACAAUUAAUUUAUUCUGUGAACAAAUUGACUGAUCAAGACAAUUGUCUUUCGCUGUUUACUGAUUGCUUACAAUUGUUGGAUUUCUUAGUCAAUCGCUAUGGUAUCAUCAAGAGCAUCCUCAUCCUCGUCCUCCUCGUCGUCGUCAUCGUCGUCAUCGUCGAUAUCAAAUAGACCUUUGAUAAAAAAGUUGUGUUUCGGACUAUCGGAUAAUGAGAUUUUCGCAAUAAUUUGUGUCAUCGGUGCGACAAUUCAAAUUGUUUACAUACUCGAUCGUUUCUUUUCUUAUGAAGUUCUAACCCGAUCUCAUGUUGGUGUUCCUGAAGUUACACCGAUUCCAGAUUUAUCGGUCUGCUUUCCAAUAAUUGAUACAGUAAAUUAUACGAAAUUGGCAUCAACUUAUCCGGCGAUAGCAAGGGACCUUGGCUGGCGACCUGGGAAUCAUAGGGAGCAAGAAUCCGUUGCUAAUAUGCUUAGAAGAAAGUUCAGUGAUCGAAUAUUGUUACGAACCAUCAUGAGUCCUCUUAAAAUCAGUCAACUAUGGGAACUCAUGCUUACAUUUUCCGAGAUCUUCAAUAAAGCGGUAAUAUUUAGAAUAACGGAAGAUUCAUUCACCGAACAACCUUGUGGGAAUAUGGAAUUUUUUUCGGAACAAGCUUAUUGCUAUUCGUUUACCUGUACAAAAAAUUCAUCUAAACAAUUGAUCAGCGAUAUGUCGGACUUGUAUAAGAAAUUGUCUUUCCAAGAGAUUGUUAAAGUUUCAAUUCAUCAAAAGUUUUUCGCCUCAGUCAAUAACUAUUGGAUAACCUUAAUGCCCAAUGGUCGGUUACCAAGAGGUGAACAGGUCAAAUGGGAAUCACAGAAUACAUAUAAUGUAACUCGGAAGCAUACAUUUUUUUUCUACUCGAUCACCUCUCACCUUUUGCAAGCACCUUAUCCAACCGAUUGUACUAACUACAGUUUAAAAGGUUAUGUUUCCAAAGCCGAGAUGGAGGAUAAAUGUCAAAUCAAUUUGGGAAUCGAGAAACUUGGUAGCCCUUUACCCUCUAAUCUCUUUGAAAGUCCACUUGAUUCACCGUUCGGUUUGAUCAAUUACGCAAAUAACCAAUUCAACGAGACGUUUAUUUCAAUGGUUUCCGAUAUCGUUGAUUAUUGCGCUGAGAUUACAAAGCAACCUGAUUGUAAGAUCACAUUUUACAUUCCCUCAAGUAGGACACCGUUACCGAUAACGGGUGAUUUCACCGAAAUUACAGUCGAACAAAUUUCAGAUCCAAUUUACAUAAUCGAUGUUGCCGCUAAACAAACACCAUUGGAUGUUAUCAUUUCGAUUGGAAGUGUUCUAGGAACUUGGCUCGGCUUUUCGAUUGCAUAUUCGAUACCUCAAGUUGCCGGACUUGUUAGUUACAAGUUUCUCAGUUUUUCGAAACGGAAAAGGAUCUCAAAUUAUCCGUUAACCAAUUCUAAAGAUAAAAAGUCCAACAUUCUCUCACCUUUAAAUCUUAACUAUGAUUCCAUCUAUGGGAUUAAUAAAACGUACCAAAGAAAUGACCAAUGGUCAAGGCGACAAUUCAAUCACAAGUUCCCUCCAUUCUAUGCUUAUUAUAAUCAGCAAACUUGGCCAUUGAUUUACGAUUCCAAGACUAAACCUUGGUGGUUCAGAUAAUUGCGACCUUUGUUUGUAUGAUCAAUACUCUUGAUAUUGUCAUGAAUUAAAGUAGUGUUCAAUUAGA